AUGGAGAACGACGAUCAAGAAUCAAUCAAUUUAACUAUUUUCGCAGGUUUUGAAACCUAUCAGCCGCUUGGGAAACUACAUCUGUCUCCAAACUCCGGUAAGAAGACUUAUUUACCGGAGGUAGAUGAAUCGCUUAAACCGAAGGAUAAGAUGACCUUUGAUACGGUGAACAACGCGUUCCUCUUUUGUCAGAAGUAUGCAAUGUCUUCAGGCUUCAAUGCCAGGAAGUCUUCUCAAUACACGCAUCAUGGUGUUAUAAAAUCUAAAUGGUUCGUUUGCUCAAAGGAGGGGACUAAACCUUUGAAGGCGAUCGAUACAUCUAAAAAGAUUGAUACCUCAAAUAAUGGGUCAAAGAGGAAAUCUGUUCGCCGUGUUCCUUCUAUAAGGACGGGGUGUGAAGCACAUAGGCAUUUACUCCUCGCUAACCGAGGUAUGAACUAUAUGCAAGAGCAAGCCGUUAACGCGUUGAGCGCCUUGAAUAUUGGACCUGUCAAAGCGUUUAAUAUCAUGAGGACAUUGUAUGGUGGGUUUGACAAGGUUGGGGCAACCAAAAACGAUUUUAAAAAUUUCAAGCGAGACCUGAACAGGUAUAUAUCUGAGUUUGACGCUGAUAUGAUGAUUAAACGGCUUAUGAGGAAGAAAGAGUACAUGCCAAACUUUACAAUGGAGUAUAUAAUAGACGAAUGUGGGGUUUUAAGGGGUUUGUUUUGGGCAGAUGAAGAUGCCAAAAGGAAUUUUUUGGUGUUUGGUGACGUUGUUUCAUUUGAUGCCACAUAUCGUCGUAACAAGUACAACAUGAUGUUUGUUCCAUUUACCGGUAUCGGCAAUCACAAUCGCAACGUUACUCUUGGUGAUGCUAUAAUAGGAAACGAAACUGCUGAAACUUACAGUUGGUUGUUAAAUGUGUUUCGUCAAGCAUUUGGUCGGGCCCCUCUGGUGAUUGUCACCGACCAAGACCCAGCCAUGAAGAAGGCUAUUGAAGAUACAUGGCCCGAGAGUAGACAUAGGCUAUGCAUGUGGCACAUCAUGGACAAGCUUUCUGCUAAGGGUGGUGCUACAAUCUGCAAUAAUACAGAUUUCAAAAAGAGGCUGUGUGCCAUUGUGUGGACCGAUUCAAUUCUACCUGUUAAGUUUGAAAGUGAGUGGGCUACCAUAAUGAACGAUUUUAACUUGGUUGAUCAUGAGUGGCUGCAGUCACUUUAUCGUGAGGAGGUCAUGUCCGGGCUUAUGCGUACCUCUUCUCGUUCAGAGAGUGAGAACCAUUUCUUUGGACAGUUCUGUAACCCGGGUUGCACACUUAUCGAAUUUCUCGGGCAUUUUGAUUCUGCUAUUGAAGCUCAGAGACAUGAGCACAGGAAGAAUGACCAUGACACCAGAAAUACCAACGCUGAAAUAUGGGCUGAAGACUUUGUUUUGGAAGAUCAAGCAUCCAGGAUAUUCACACGCACUAUAUUUUUUGACCAGCAGUUGGAGAUACAAAACGGUAUACACAGAUGUGCUAUCGGAAAGUGGGAAAACGUGGCUGACUUCGUUAAUUUUUUUGUGAAGGACUGGGAACAACCAUGCACUACUUUCUUCGAGGUUAUGAUGCGGGAGGACGACAUGACUGUGUAUUGUACAUGCAAAAGAUUCGAACAGUUUGGGUUGUUGUGCUCGCACAUCUUUUGUGUGCUAAGGAUGAUGGACAUUAGGGACUUUCCACAACGCUAUAUAUUACGACGUUGGACACGGGCGGCUGUUCCAAAUAGUGCCCCUGGUGCUAUUCUAGGUAUCAAUGAGACCGAGGAUCGUUAUAAUGAAGUUAACCGUGUUGUACGUGAGAUCACAUAUUCUACAGAGUCCGUUAUUAACAAGCUUGUCACCAACUUUGAUGCGCUAUGCUCGUUCAGGGAUCAUGUUGUUAAUUAUUUCAAAACUGCGGAUGAGUCGGUCGUCAAUGCUCCACCUAAGAGCCGUCGUGAAAGGUUUGCCGAAAUUACUGGUAACACAAAACCAUCUGAUGCAACCGUUCAUGUUCCCAUUGGAACAAGAUUCAAAGGUAUGGGUAAGCCUAAACAGAUGAAGUCUAAACAUGAAAUUGCAUUAAGUCAGUUGGGUAAAAAGAGCCGUCAGUGUCAAAACUGUUUUAGAUACGGGCAUAACAAACGUACUUGCAAAAACCCUACCCAGACUAAAGAACAAGCUAUGGCCGAGGAUGACGGUGAAGAAGCUGAUGAAGUUGACUAG